AUGCCCUUCACUCCUAUCCCUGAAGCUAUCAAAGCAUUCCAAAAUGGUGAAUUCCUCAUAGUCAUGGAUGACGAAUCUCGUGAAAACGAAGGUGAUCUAAUAAUCGCUGCCCAAUUCACCACCCAAUCCAAAAUGGCCUUCCUAGUUCGUUAUUCUUCAGGUUAUGUCUGUGUUCCACUAUCAACUGAUCGUGCAAACCAACUAAACCUACCUUUAAUGGCCACAGAGAAUAACGAUAGACACGGUACUGCCUAUACAAUAACCGUUGAUUAUAGAGAGGGAACCACAACUGGGAUUUCUGCUCAUGAUCGGUCACUAACUGCAAGAAAAUUAGCAGAUCCAAGUGUUCAAGCUGAUGAAUUUAUGAAACCGGGGCAUAUCUUGCCACUAAGAGCUGUUCCUGGGUUAUUAAAUGAAAGAAGAGGUCAUACCGAGGCUGGUGUACAUUUAACAAAAUUGGCUGGUUUACAACCUGCUGCGGUGAUUUGUGAAUUGGUUAGAGAUCAAGAUGGGUUAAUGAUGAGAUUAGAUGAUUGUGUUGAAUUUGGUAAACAACAUGAUAUUAAAAUCAUAACUAUUGAACAAUUAGUUAAAUACAUUGAAGAAAAUUAA